GAGGAGAAGAAGAAGAAGAAGAAGAAGAAGAAGAGGAGGAAGAGGAAGAAGGAGACAAAGUGGAUCAGGUCAACAGCGGUAGAUUGAAUGUUGGAAAUGCCUGUCAGGUCUGAGUCCAUCACGUCCUCAGCCAAUCAAAGCCUUCGUUAACAGCGGCGUCGGCACGUGAUUGGAGGAAGGAUGGCAACCAUGCCAUUUGUUAGUGAGGGGAAGUGUGUGAGUGUGGAGUGGGAUUUCCUGCAAGGACUGCUGGCCAAGCCUCCCACCCUGCCCUGUCUCCAGAACUUGCGUAAAGAGAAAUCUCGCAAUGCGGCUCGUUCUCGGCGGGGGAAGGAGAACUUUGAGUUCUUUGAGCUGGCCAAGAUGCUGCCGCUGCCUGGGGCCAUCACAAGCCAGCUGGACAAGGCUUCGGUCAUCCGGUUGACCAUCAGCUACCUGCACAUGCGCACCUUUGCGAGUCAGGGGGACCCACCCUGGAGCCCUCUGCUGGAGGGAGACAGCAACUGCAGCAAAGUUAGACGUUCAUCUCAUUCUCUGGCUACUGACAUGUUCGAGCAGCACCUCGGGGCACACCUCCUGCAGUCUCUAGAUGGCUUUGUGUUUGUGGUCAGUCAGGAGGGACGGUUCCUCUACAUCUCAGAGACAGUUUCUAUCUACCUGGGACUCUCACAGGUGGAGCUGACCGGCAGCAGCGUGUUCGACUACAUCCACCCAGCGGACCACGUAGAGAUGGCAGAGAGACUGGGAAUCAGGCCACAUCUGCGGGCCGAGGCUGGCUGUCACACUGCCCCUGAGAGCGCUUCUAGCUCUGCAUCCACCUCCUCCCUGGCUGGGACCCCCGAACCCGCAGCUCCGUCCAGUCCUCAUUCUCCUGCCGAUGAUCCGCCCGAGCGUGGCUUUUUUAUCCGCAUGAAGUCCACACUCACCAAAAGAGGCCUGCAUGUCAAGUCUUCUGGAUACAAGGUAAUCCACGUGACGGGACGAAUCCGCUGCCGCCCUGCUCUCGUCCCGGGCUCCGCCCGCUCAGUGCGUCGACCGAUGGGUUUAGUUGCAUUGGCGCACACUCUUCCACCCUCCACGCUUAAUGAAGUCCGCAUGGAGAGCCACAUGUUUGUCUUCCGAGUGAACAUGGACCUACAGGUCACAUACUGUGAGAACAGGAUCUCUGAGUAUAUGGAUCUGACUCCAGCAGAGGUAGUGGGACAUACCUGUUACCAUUUCAUCCAUGUAGAAGACCUGGAGAACCUCCGGCAGAGCCAUGAGGACUUGCUAAGGAAAGGACAGGUAGUGACGGGUUAUUAUCGCUGGCUCCAGAGGAGAGGAGGGUACCUGUGGAUCCAGUCCACUGCCACUGUGUCCAUCAACCACAAAGCCCCCCAUGAACGUAACGUUAUCUGGGUUAACUACGUCCUCAGUCGAACAGAGCUGCCCGACACUCCUCUGGAUCUGCUGCAGCUACCAGAGAGCGUAAGAGCAGAGCGACUUCGAGUCAGCUCGUCCCCCACCGGCAGCUCCCCACAGGCCCGAGGCUCACAACCAGUGAAGAGCUCAGCUGGAAAAAGUGACCCUGACACUAAAGGCAGAGAAAAAUUCACCACCUCAGCCAUUCAAUCAGAGGACAGGAGGAAGCGCCUGCUGAGGUCCGACCCGGAGGGUGCACCUCCCGAAACCCGUCGCAGACUGGAGGAGCUCCGUCACGUGGAAGAGAGUGUAUCAGCCUCCUCAGACCUGGCGAGCGAAAGCGAGGGGGAAGAGGAAGAUGAAUCCGAGUGGGACCAGGGGGGCGACAGCGACAGAUUGAAACGGGAAGACAGUGGGGGAGGAGGUAAACAGAGCAGAGGAGGAGACACCCCGACGAGAGGGGAGAGGGGAGGGAGGGUGCACAACGGCCGGGCUGUAAUCCAGCAACUGAAAAGUGUAGUGACUCCAUCUCCCUUGCCAGGAAGCCCAGGCAUCAAGACUGAGCAUGAAGCCCUGACCACGGGGGGGCGCUGGGGAUCACACACGCAAACGUCCACCUCACACACACACACCACCCAGCCCCAGCCCUCUCAUGCACACACACCAUCCAGCAGCCUCAACGGUGAUAGCCCCACCACUCCGAUCCCCGACUCAUCUUCCAGCAGUGAAGCCCCACCAAAGGGGUUAUUCACACCCCCGUCCCCAGCUUUGUCCCCUGCCAUGUCCGUCUCCUCCCCGUUACCCCGUGAGGACAGGGCUGUACCAGGGGUGGUCAGUCGGAGCAGUGGUGGUAGUGUAGGUGCAGGUAACGGUCCUGACUUUGAGCUGCUCCAGAGACUGGCUGCUGGUGGUGCAGCGGGCCGGGUCCUCUUCCACCCCCUUGCCCUUGGCCCGCAGGGCCCUCAGAGCCUCUAUGCCCCAAGCACUAUCCGAUACGCUCCACCUGAGCUUCCUCCCUCCCACCACCACAGCACGGGACACAGUGAUGGCCUGCAGCUACGCUCGGACCAUCACAAGGGACCCCCACCGGCCUUCUUCCCCCACCUACAGCGGCUGGCCGGCCUUCCACCCUUCAGUGGUUUCUCCCCAUCUGACAGCCCUUUCUCCUCCAGCCUGCCCUUCUGUAUGAAUGGACUGAGGGGGGCUGCGGGCACAGAGGAGGACUGAGUCUCAGAGGAGAGGAUGUGAGAGGAGAAAAUAAACUGAAGGAGAGAGCGGAGUGACAGGACAGAAAGAGAGACAUUGAAAAGGGCAGGAGAGACAGAAGUGGCAGUACAUUAAACCUCUGAGGACGUUACUAAUUGGACAAUGAGUUGAAUAACUGCAAUCUAAAGUGUGUGACAAGCCGCUGCCAUAGGAAUUUAUCGUGUCAGCCUGUUGUGUACAAGUGACAGUGACUCUCAGAGAAACCGGGACAUGGAAACUUUUGACUGGUUGUCCCUCAAGACUUUUCCUCUCCGCAACAAUAACAAACUCUGCUCUGUGACUUUCUCUAGAUGACUGUGUUGAUUUAUGUGUCUCUUCCACUCAGAGAAGCCAUAUUGUACAUAGAGAGAAAACCAUGACGACCCUCAGCUCACAUCCUCUUGUCUGUCGCUGCACAUUAACCCAGUUAACCCUAAAAGCAGUAGGAAGAGAUGGGCACUUGUCUGUAGGAAUAAAAGUAACUUUGGAAUAUAAAUUUUUAUUAUUGCAGUAUUAUACAAAUCAUCUCUUUCAGUGGGCUCCAGGUGAGAAUUUGAUUAUAAGGUUUCAUUUAAAAUAGCUGGAGGCAGCCUUUUGGUGUUUUGUAUUGAUACUUAAAAAUAAUAAUAUAAACAAUAAUAUAAAAAAAAAAUCCAAGUAUUCAUCAGUCAGCCAUACUAAAAGCACACUUUUGGGACAAAAGUAUGAUUAAUGUAGUCCCAGACAUUCCAUUAUAUAUAAGGGAAGAAAAUGCAAUGCAGACAGGAUGCUAUUUGUGUGGUUUGAUUAUAGGGAGGUAAUUUGUUUAACUGAUUAUUACUUAUAGUGUAUCAUGUAUGAUGUUUGUGUAUGAAAGCCAUAUUCUUUUUUUUAGGUUUAUAUUUUUGUUCACCAGAUGAAACUGAUGGAGAAAUGGUUUGAAAUACAACAGUUUUAGUGGAUGUAUAAUCAUCCAAAUAUCUUUUUAUGAUCUUAAAAAAAAAAAAAACUGAAAAUAUUUUGGGAGGGGAAAUUGUGCUGGACAGAAGUGUUUUUAUCAUUUAAACAUGUUUUUUUUUUGUUUUUGUUUUUUUUUUCUGAGCACUUACUGAAAUUUGUUCUGGUGUGAACUCAAAGCACUUCAUGGUUCGGCGUGUGAUCCUGUUAAAACAGAAAACAAUGCAAGAGCGGCCACUAAUAUUAUAGCCUGACCACAGUGUGUGUG